GAUUAGGUACCUAAACCAGGCAAUGUUAUAAUGAACAACGCUAAUCCGAUUCCAAGUCCAAUUGAAACCACGUGUUUUGACAGGAAAUUGAACUCCUUUAUGCUAUUUGCAUCUCACGCGGGACUCUGGAGAGAUUUAUUUAUUAUUUCAUUAGGGAUUGUGUUAUUAUUUCAUUAGAAGAAGGCGUGACAUAUGAUAUGAGAUUGCAUUAUAAACAAGGAAAAGAAGAAUAAAACACUUUUCUUUCUUAUGGAUUCCUCUUUUCAUAGUCAGUCUCAGAGAGAGAUGUUUUUAUUAACGUAAGUUUGGCUGGUUGGUUGGCUUAACUUGUUUCCGGAAUGGAAUUUGAGGAGGAGAGAGUUACUAGUCUAGUAUGCAUGUAUGGCCAAAUUGUCAGGCAGGUUAUUCUGAUUCCAGAUUUGUUUUGGAAUCUGUGUGGAGGAGGGGAGGUACUAAUAGUCUAUGAUGAGGGAUCAUAGAUGUCAACAUUCAUAUUAGCCACAUAAUUCAUCUGAAUAAAAAUUUCACUUAAGUUUAAUAAAAUGACAAAAUGAAGGUCCAUAUCAGGAAUCUAUAUAUAUCACACUUGCUAUAGAAUUUGCACCGCCCAUCUACUCACCGAGCCUUCUUUAAAAGAGAAACAGAGUCUCUGAGUCGGCCAGCCCAGCCCAGCCCAGGACAGGACAGGACCACUUUCUUCUUACUCUACUCUUUAUUCUAUUAGCAUCCGAUUCGGAUUCCCUGGACGGUUGACCGUCGAAGUCGACCCGAACCGAACCCACCAUAUAACCUAGGAGAAAGGAAGGAAGACACGCAGACAGACAGACAGACAGACAGAAAGAAAGAGCAAAAGGAAAAUGAAAAUUGAAUCAUCAUCAGACGCAGCAGCAGCCCAACGCUUCCGCAUCGGGUACGCCUUUGCACCCAAGAAGGAGCAGAGCUUCAUCCAGCCCUCUCUCCUCGACCAUGCCUCCCAAAACGGCAUUGAUUUCGUCCCAAUUUCAAUAACCGACUCCUCGUCGGAGGAGGAGGCGGCCGAGGCCUUGAUCCAACAAGGCCCAUUCCACUGCAUCAUCCACAAGCUCUACGGCCACCGCUGGAACCACCAGUUGAAGCAAUACUCCUCCAAGUAUCCACAAACUCUCAUACUUGACCCGCCCGACUCCAUUGAGCGCCUCCACAACAGGGUCUCCAUGCUCCAAGUCGUCAGCGCCAUCAAAUUGAAUUCCCAAUUUAACAUCUCUGUCUCUGUGCCUAAACAGGUGGUGCUUCAAACCCCCCAGUCGCCUGAUUCUAUUCAUAAUAAUACUAAUGAUGGUGCGGUGGAGUUUCCGGUGAUUGCCAAGCCCUUGCUGGCCAAUGGCAGCGCCAAGUCGCAUGAGAUGUAUUUGGUUUUUGACCCCAAGGGCUUGCAGACUCUUCUUCCCACUAAUACUACUACUAGUGCUAGUACGCAACCCAUUUUGCUUCAACAGUUUGUGAACCACGGCGAGGUCGUCUUCAAGGUUUACGUCAUUGGCGAAUACGUCCAGUGCGUCAAGCGGAGCUCCUUGCCCGAUAUUUCUGAGCAGCAGCUGACCGCAUCGGAAGGGCAAGUGUUGCGGUUUUCGCAGAUAUCGAAUUCCCCUCAGCCUCAGGAGGAGGAUGAACAUGGUCUGGGUCUGGCUCAUGAUCCUCAUGAAAUGCCUCCUUCUGACUUUGUGGAGGAGCUGGCCAGGGGGAUACGCCUCGGCCUCAAACUCAACUUCUUUAACUUUGAUGUGAUUCGGGAUUCUGGGAACCCUCACUCCUAUUUUGUCAUUGACAUCAAUUACUUUCCUGGCUAUGCCAAGUUGCCCUCCUAUGAGCAGGUCUUGACCAACUUUCUGUUGGCUCUUCUUACCACUCCAACCCAAAAGGACCACCAGCUGGAACCAGCUACCACUGAGGAGGAGGAGGAGGAGGAGGAGAAGGAGGAGUCUGAUCACGACCACUUAGGAGACGGAGAAGGAGGAGGAGAUGCUUCCCUCCUACCCUAACUUUUGAAUUGCUCUUGAAUUGAUCAUUGAGCUAACAGAGCCAGUGCUGCUAUUAUGGUUCAUUGGUUAUCCAUGUUGGUGACGAAAAAGCUUUCCUUCCUUCCCACCCACCCUCUUAUUGGGUGGGUUUGUUUUCGAAAUGCGAUUAGCUAAUAAACCGAUUUUCUUCUAGCUAGGGCUUCGGCUUUCUUCUGAUUUCAUAUAUAGUAGAGCAGUAGAGCGCAUUAUGUUAUAUGGUAUGGGUGAUAUUUGGAUACUUAGACUGUUCGUUUUGUUUAAGACUCAGUCAGUAAUAAUGUUUGAUCAGUAGCAGCAGCUGCAUACCUUACCUGUACUGCCUGUGUAUGGACCGUAAGCAAGCAGCUGUUACUUACUUGUAAGUUGUAACCAACCAAGGCACAAAUGAUCAAUUGCAAUGUUUCAAUUUCAAUGCACAA